AUGGAGUCCGAUAAUCCCAACGGAUACAAACGGAGAUCGAUGCACCAAGCCUUCCACAGCCGUCCCGUGGAGCGUCGGCCGAGCAAGAAGUCAUCCUCCCAGGAUCGCCAUGGUAUGGUCUAUCCAGACAACUUUCGGGAAGCGACCAUUCGAACCGUCACCCCAGAUUCUCAUUCCCCCCUUUCCGAACCCGAACCCCUUACCGCGAAUAGCGCGCCCUCACCCCGAACCACGAUGCGAUCGCGACCCGUCGAACGAAGCGAGGAAGAGACCACGGUGGAUGGCAGGACCCAGCGCACACGAUCACGAACCGCGACAUUGGAAGAACAACGAAGCGAUAUACCAUCCAGUGCAUCCAAAACUCGAACACGUGUCGGAUCAGUGAACGUUCCUAGUUCGUCUCAGCCCAAAGUGCCCGAGGGGAAAGUGUCGGAGGACUCGUCUUCUUCCAUUGGUUUCCCAUCGAUCCAGUCUCCUACUUUUCACCGCCAGCGAGUCAGUAACCUAUCCAGUUCCCUUUCGGGAGCAGCGCAAAACCAAGCCGCCUUCGCCUCUCCUCUCUCUAAUACUGAUGCCGCAAAGAUCUUACACCUCAUGAAGACCACGUGUGGAAGAAUGCACGGUAUCCUCUCGUUUCGAUCUGCAACUACAAGUUCCGGAACCUCCAAUGCCUGGACCUCUGGGUAUUGUGCUAUCAACGUUGCGACAGGGAGUCUGAUCUACCAAGCAAAGGGAGAACCCGCUUUGGCCAAGACUUUGAUCCCCGACCUGCGCGGUUGCCGUGUCCGAACACUAUACGAUUCUGAGCUUCAAACCACAUACCUCAGCGUUUCCACCUUCACAUCCGGUCUAGGAAUUCAACUACGACCCCAUGUCAACGAAACUUUCGACUCGUGGCUUGCUGCUUUACUCUGUUGGCAACCUAUUCGCCCCAAAGGCGUUCAGAACAAGAUGACCAAGCCCCAAGAAGUUGUGAUUGGAGAACGCCGGAUUCCUGAGCGUCGACGAAACUCAGACAGUGCAGCUCAGAAAGACGCUGCUAUUAUCAAAGUUGGAAAGAUGCUUCUAUGGAACAAACCAUCAGCAUCUGGAGCACGACCAGUCUCCGCACGCCGCGUCUCUACUUAUAGACAGUCCAGGGCUCUUUCCUCAUCAUGGCAGCGUGUCAGCUGUACCUUGCAGGAGAAUGGUAUCUUCAAGCUCUAUACCGAGUCUGAUGUCACGCUGGUUGCAUGCAUUCAACUCUCCCAAUUGUCACGCUGUUCGAUCCAGCAAUUAGACUCUUCGGUUUUGGAUGAUGAGUUCUGUAUCGCCAUAUAUCCGCAGUACACAGCACAUCCGGUUCUUGAUCCGGGCAUGCGUCCUAUUUAUCUUGCCCUCGAAACACGCGUCCUCUUUGAAGUCUGGUUCGUGCUCUUGCGCGCAUUCACAAUUCCAGAGCUUUAUGGACCCGCAUUACCAACAGAGAAAGAUGAAGACCCGAAUAAGACGCCAGAAGCGGAGACCCCCGGGCAUUCCUCUCUCAAAGACAUGUUCCGUAUCGAAAGGAUCCUCAACCUUAGAGUCACGGAAGCAAAAUUAUUCCAAACGAAGGAAGAAACGCCGCGCAGUCGAAAGCAGUCCAAAUCCCACGGCUAUUCUGCUCCAUCGUCCCCACUCAAAGCGAGCGAUUAUUACACCGAAGUUCUCCUGGAUGGAGAGAUUCGCGCCAAGACUGUUGUGAAAUAUCGCACUUCGAAUCCGUUUUGGCGUGAGGACUUCAUUUUCAAUGAUCUGCCACCAGUUUUGUCUCAGGCUUCCAUCCUAGUCAAGACACUCAACCCAACGCAAAGAGAUUGGACGCUCAUCUCUUCUGGGUCAUACUCGUCUAGUCAAGAUGUCAACGCAGUGAACAUGCUGGAUGAGAUUGAGAUCUCCACCAAAGACUCAAUUUGCGGACGGGUCGAUCUUCGCUUAGAUGAAUUGGAAGCUGGUGCGGACACAGAGAAGUGGUGGCCCAUUCUGGACGAUCGUGACCAAGCAAUUGGAGAGAUGUUUAUGAAAGCUCGAAUGGAUGAGACAGUCGUGUUGAUGACUGAUGAAUACGCACCAAUGCUGGACAUCCUUCAUCAAUUCACCAACGGUCUGACAAUUAGCAUGGCCCAAGUGAUGUCAUCCGAAUUAACACAAUUAUCGGAGAUGCUUUUGAACAUCUACCAGGUCUCGGGAUCAACGGUGGACUGGAUUUCAGCGUUGAUCGAAGAUGAGAUUGACGGAGUUCAUAAGGAAUCCACCGCCAAUCGACUGCGCUACACGACGAGGAUACAUUCUAAUGACACGAGAGAAGGCGGCCAAGAACGUGAAAUUCUUGUAAGGGAUAUGGGCAGAACAGCUACGGUUGAGGCCAACCUUCUAUUCCGUGGCAAUUCGCUCCUCACUAAAGCACUCGAUCUGCACAUGCGUCGUCUUGGCAAAGAGUACUUGGAGGAGACAAUCGGGGAACGACUGCGUGAUAUUGAUGAGAGCGAUCCUGAGUGUGAAGUGGACCCGGCUCGUGUACCACGCACUGAGGACCUUGACCGCAAUUGGCGGACUCUUAUUGGUCUCACGACAGGUGUUUGGAAAUCGAUCGCGCUCUCUGUCUCUCGUUGCCCUCCAGAGUUGAGGCGCAUCUUCCGUCACGUCCGGGCAUGUGCAGAGGAUCGUUAUGGCGAUUUCCUGCGCUCUGUAACCUACAGCAGUGUUUCGGGUUUCCUGUUCCUACGAUUCUUCUGUCCAGCAAUCCUGAACCCCAAAUUGUUCGGACUCUUGAAAGAUCAUCCUCGUCCUCGUGCCCAGCGUACCUUGACCCUCAUUGCCAAGGCCUUGCAAGGACUCGCCAACAUGACCACGUUUGGUAACAAAGAGCCAUGGAUGGAGCCCAUGAACAAGUUUUUGGUCGGUAAUCGAGCCGAUUUCAAACAAUUUGUUGACCAUAUCUGCAACAUCGCUGCUGAUCGUCCCGCCCCCAUUGUUACGCCUUCCUAUACCACCCCUGUUCAGAUCCUCGGUCGCUUGCCAGCUACCUCCCGCGAGGGCUUCCCCAGCCUGCCAUUCCUGAUUGAUCGCGCUCGAUGCUACGCACACCUGAUUCGUGUCUGGCUUGAUAUCGUUCCAAGCCGGAUGACUGAGUUGGAAGAGGUGGACCCGUUUCUUACCAAGUUCCACGAACUGGCUCUUAGCUUACAAGCACGUACUGAAGAGGUUCUACGCCAAGCUGAGCAAGCUGAGCGGCCAAGUGGAAGCCUUGAGGUCAAGUGGGAGGAACUACUGGAUUCAAUGGAGCGAGCUGUGACAUUUUAUGAUGAAAGCUCGAGCAAACCAACUACUCCGGCACCAGACUCAGGCGUCACGGCUAAUGUCCAGGUGGCGGGCCACCGCGGUUCAAUCGGCUUCUUUGCCCCGCGGCCGGCUAUGGGUCGCCGAUCGACCGACUAUGCAGCAGACGAGGACGAGACGCCACCCAGCUCCUCAUCCGCUACCUGGGAUCAAGCACGCAUGCCUUUCUCCAUCCCAAGGUGGUCCGAUGCUCGCGAUAGCACCGGCAGCUCCAAGAACUCAUCCACCUACUCCCUCGAAUACUCAGAGAAUGCCAAAGCCCGCAGGUCCAGCGUCAGCAAAGAGUCAUCCAGCAAAUACCGCUUCUUCGACUUUGUCCCGGCUCCCUCCAGACGCAAAGCCAAAGACCGUGACCAGUCCCAAGCACACUCGCACGAUGACCUUCGGAACGAAUUCUAA